UGAACCACAGCGCAUUCCAUCAGCGGCAGUCGUUAAAGUAGGGAGUGUACUUUGUAAAACAUAUUAAGUUUGCAAUUGCUUAAUAUACUUUCGCCGAUUUUGAAAUAAUUUAAAACUAGUUCUUUUUACUUGUAUAUCUUAAUAUAAUAAGUGCCUAGAAAGUGCAAUAAUGUUCGAUUUCAAUCUGGAAUUCGCCCGUGGUGGAGCAGCUGUUGCUACGGAGCUCUUCGAAUUACUCGCAGCCGGCGGUGUAAAACAAAACAUUGUCUUCUCACCAUUUUCAAUUCAAACCUGUGUCGCAUUGGCAUUUGCCGGUGCCAGUGGAGAGACUGCUGAUCAAAUAGCUGAAGGUUUGAAGUUCGCGUCGAAUUUCCACCCGGAAGUAGCUACAACCUUCGCAUUUGUUUUUGACAAAUACAAGGACAGUGAGUUGUUGAAAAUUGCAAACAAAGUGUAUGUUCAGCAAGGACACGAGUUGAAACCAGAUUAUCAAACAGAGUUAAAAGAAAGUUAUAAUGCUGAAACUGAAAAUGUUAACUUUGAGGACAGCGAAAAUGUUGCCGCCACCAUUAAUUCUUGGGUAGAAGAUAAAACGGCCGGAAAAAUUAAGGAUCUUGUGCAGGCCUCGGCCUUCAGUGCUCUAACCCGCUUGGUUCUACUGAAUGCUUUGCAUUUCAAAGGUUUAUGGGCGCAUAAAUUUGAAGAAGAACAAACCGUUGAGGAUGAUUUUUGGAUAUCUGAAGAGGAAUCAGUUAAAGUACAAUACAUGAAUCAAAAAGCGAAAUUUGGCUAUGGAUUCUUUGAAGAGUUGGACUGCCAGGCUCUCGAACUGCCUUACAAAGAUUCGGAUUUAUCAAUGCUAGUUUUGUUGCCUAAUGAGCGAGAAGGUCUGAAAACUCUUGCCGAGAAGUUGAAAUCAGUAAAUUUGGUUGAUCUAGCUGGCAAUCUAGAAGCCAAUGAGGACGUUGUGGUCCAAUUGCCUAAAUUCAAGGUGGAAUACGAAGUAGAGUUGACGGAAACACUGAAGAAGCUGGGCAUAACCAAAAUCUUCAGUGAAGAAGCUGAGUUCGGCAACAUGUUGGAAUCACCCGAGCCUCUGCAAGUAUCCAAUGUUUUCCAUAAGGCUGUUAUUGAGGUCAACGAAGAGGGCACCGAAGCAGCGGCUGCAACUGCAAUGAUUAUGAUGACUCGUUGCCUUCUAAUACCACUGCAAUUUGUUGCUGAUCGCCCAUUCUUCUACGCUAUUUGGAAUAAGAGAAAUAUUCUAUUUGCUGGUGCUUUUGUCAAUGCGCCUUAAGAGGCUGCUGCGUUAGCGAUAAAGUAUGACGUCAUGUGCAUAGAGUUUUUGAGAACCAGAACUAACGCCAUAUAAUGUUUUUUUAAUGUUUGAUAAUUUAUUUGUAUAUUUUGGAAUUAUUUGAUCCAAUUAUAAAAAUGUCGCUUUUCACAAAAAACAAA